GGCUGAGGCUCCCCCGCGGGCGGGCGCAGAGAGACGCGGGAAGCAGGGGCUGGGCGGGGGUCGUGGCGCCGCAGCCAGCGCAGCCAGCCCCAGGGGCCGCCGCCUCCGCUGCCCAGCACGCUCCGGGGACGCCGGCCGCCUUAGCACCCGCCGCGCCGCAGCUCUGGGACCAGUCCCGGCCGCGACGCCGCCGCGAUGGGCAACGCCGCCGCCGCCAAGAAGGGCAGCGAGCAGGAGAGCGGUGAGUUCCCGGCCGUCACCCUGAUCUCCGUGAAAGAGUUCCUAGCCAAGGCCAAGGAAGACUUCCUGAAAAAAUGGGAGAGCCCUUCUCAGAAUACAGCCCAGCUGGAUCACUUUGAUAGAAUCAAGACGCUCGGCACCGGCUCCUUUGGGCGAGUGAUGCUGGUGAAACACAAGGAGACUGGAAACCACUAUGCCAUGAAGAUCUUGGACAAACAGAAGGUGGUGAAACUGAAGCAGAUUGAGCACACUCUAAAUGAGAAGCGCAUCCUGCAGGCUGUCAACUUCCCGUUCCUGGUCAGACUUGAAUUCUCCUUCAAGGACAACUCAAACUUGUACAUGGUCAUGGAGUAUGUGCCUGGUGGGGAGAUGUUCUCCCACUUGCGGCGGAUUGGAAGGUUCAGCGAGCCCCAUGCCCGUUUCUACGCGGCGCAGAUCGUCCUGACCUUUGAGUAUCUGCACUCCCUGGACCUCAUCUACCGGGACCUGAAGCCCGAGAACCUUCUCAUCGACCAGCAGGGCUAUAUUCAGGUGACAGACUUCGGUUUUGCCAAGCGUGUGAAAGGCCGUACUUGGACCUUGUGUGGGACCCCUGAGUACUUGGCCCCUGAGAUUAUCCUGAGCAAAGGCUACAACAAGGCUGUGGACUGGUGGGCUCUCGGAGUCCUUAUCUACGAGAUGGCUGCUGGUUACCCGCCCUUCUUCGCUGACCAGCCUAUCCAGAUCUACGAGAAAAUCGUCUCUGGGAAGGUGCGGUUUCCAUCCCACUUCAGCUCUGACCUGAAGGACCUGCUACGGAACCUUCUGCAGGUGGAUCUCACCAAGCGCUUUGGGAACCUCAAGAAUGGGGUCAAUGACAUCAAGAACCAUAAGUGGUUUGCCACAACUGACUGGAUUGCCAUCUAUCAGAGAAAGGUGGAAGCUCCCUUCAUACCAAAGUUUAAAGGCCCUGGGGACACGAGUAACUUUGACGACUACGAAGAGGAAGAGAUCCGGGUCUCCAUCAAUGAGAAAUGUGGCAAGGAGUUUACUGAGUUUUAGGGGUGUGCUUGUGCCCCAUGGUUUUCUUUCUUUUUUCCUUUUUUUUUCCUUUUUUUUUUUUUUUUUUUUUUUGGUUGGGGGUGGGAGGGUUGGAUCGAACAGCCAGCGGGCCCUAGAGUUCUGUGCAUCUAAUUUAACACUCACUCCACACCCCCAAGUUAGGGAGAGCAGGAAAGCCAGAUAUUGGGGAGGGGCAACAUCAGCUCCUCUCCCACUCCCCCAUGACGCCCCUUCUCCCCACUUCUCUGCCUGUUUUCAAUGACUUUCUCAGCUCCCAUCACCCAGACUUACUGGUGUAUAAAGGGCAGGGUAUGGAAGAGGGGCCCAAAUUCACCCCAGCCUCCACCCCACCCAGCACUGGGCACUAAGGAUGAACAGAAAAGCCAGCCUUCCCUUCUAUGCAGUCCUACUUGGAAAGGGAGAUUUUAGUGACAGGUACAGAGGGCUGCUUGCUAGUGGAUUUUUGUUUUUUUGUUUUGUUUUGUUUUGUUUUUUUGGUUUUUUUUAAAUCUUCAUUUAAAUUAAGUUCCACCAGUGCCUCCCAUCCUCCAGACUGCCCCUCCCCUCCAAAACCCCCUCAAAACGCCCCAAAUCCACUCUGAGGCCGGGAUAGCCAACUGACUCUGUCAAGGAAGGAACUGGGCUUUGAACCUCGCCCUGAGCUGCUAGCCUCCCGGCCCUCUUUUCCAGGGGUCUCAUGCCCAUUCUUCCGAGCAUCAGCCCCCUUAAGCCCCUCCCCAUCCUGGGCGCCUCACUUCAGCUUAGCUGUCAGCUGUCCAUCACCUCUUGCUGUACAACCCCACUCACUGCACCCCCAAGUUUGAUUGUGCUUUUCUCUCAAUAGAAAGGUGGGGAGCUGCUGGGGAAAUUACCCCAUUUAUCCCUGUGUUUAUCCCUCUCGUAACUUCUCCCAAACAGGAGGAGCUCUCAGGCCUGGGUGGGGGCCCUGGGUGGGCGAGGGGGGCAGUUCAACCUGUGUGCUGCGAAGGAUGAGACUUCCUCUUGAACAGUGUGCUGUUGUAAACAUAUUUGAAAACUAUUACCAAUAAAGUUUUGUUUUAAAAUAAAA